AGUUUUGAAGAUUUUUCUUACAAGUCAAUUGCCAAUUUCAAUUCCAGAUUAACUAAUUUUAUUACCAUGUUCUCCUUAUCCAGAUCCCUCCCUAAGUCUAGAUUAUUUGUUUCACCCCUUAGAAACGCCCUUAGAACUUAUGUUGCGGUCGGGGAAACUUUACCCUCAGUUGAUCUUUAUGAAAGUUCUCCAGGUAAUGCCGUCAAUCUUGCUGAAGAAACCAAGUCCGGUAAAACAAUUGUGAUUGGUGCUCCAGGUGCUUUUUCUCCUGCUUGUAGCGGUACCCACAUCCCUGGUUUUGUCAAGAAUUUGCGUGCUUUUAAUGAUAAGGGUUACCAAAGAUUCUUUGUGGUUUCUGUUAAUGAUCCAUUCGUUACUAAGAAUUGGGGAGAAUAUUUGUUGCAUCAUACUGUGGCUGGUCAACAAAUCAGAUUCUUGGCCGAUACCAAUGGUGAAUUCACCAGAGAACUUGGUUUAUUAUUUGAUGCUACCAAGGUUUUCGGUAACGAAAGAUCCAAGAGAUAUGCUUUGUUACUUGAAGACGGUACCAUUACCAAGGCUUUUAUUGAACCAGACAACACUUCUGUUGAUGUUUCCGAAGCUUCUAAAGUGUUAGCAGAAGCUUAAUUUAUUUUGUUUUAAAUAUGUACGUUUAUCUAGUUUGGUAGCUGUAUAAGUCAUUCAUAUAUAUCUGC